AUUUCAGAGAACAUGAAUAAAUGCAUUAGUUACUAUCCAUCACGUCUCGGUGAAAAGGUGAUUGUGGGAAAGACAACGGUAACUUCAAUAUCACAGACCAUCUCUGUUACGGGUAUGCAGGAGACGAUUCUGGAUGAACCUUUAUUGCCCAAAUUCAGGCAGACUCGAUUCACGCUAUGCCAUAUACACUGCACAACAUGGCCUGAUCAUAGCGCCCCAAAGGAGUGCGGUUCAGUGAUAGCUAUUCACAGAUUACUUUGGAAGAAUGGCACAUGCAGUCCUAUCGUCGUCCACUGUUCAGCUGGAAUUGGAAGGACCUGUACACUCGUUGACCGCCCGACCAGCCAGCGGUGUGAGCUGAAG